CAAUAACCCAAUUAAAAUAUGAAACGUGCUCAAACCCUCCAGGUCAUGUUCACAUGAAGUCAAACCCUCCGGCUUCUCUAACAACGUCGUGCCGACUUAAAUAUUCUGACGUGAAACACGUAAUCCUUACUCCUUCGAAUCGGAAAUUUCAAAUAAAACGCCAAAGAAGGAAAGAAAGAACCCAAUCAGAGAAAGACUUGUCAGGACCAGAGCGGAGAGAGAGCCUCGCAGAGAGAAGAAAGAAACAGCUCAAAGCGCUGUCGUUUCUGUUCAUUCGCUCGUUUUGGCGCGAAAUGAAUAAAUUCCUCCAUUCAUUUCCUGCUCUUUAAUUGGGAGAGAGAUGGGAGUACCGGAGAAUUCAAGAGGGCUAAUUCUAGCUGUAGCAUCGAGUGCAUUUAUAGGGGCGAGCUUCAUUUUAAAGAAGAAAGGACUCAAACGAGCUGGUGCUAAUGGUACUCGCGCAGGGGUUGGAGGUUAUACUUACUUGCUAGAGCCGCUAUGGUGGGCAGGAAUGGUGACAAUGAUUGUUGGGGAGAUUGCGAAUUUUGUGGCUUACGUUUAUGCUCCAGCAGUUCUAGUUACCCCACUUGGUGCACUGAGUAUAAUUAUCAGCGCGGUUUUGGCACAUUUUAUGUUGAAAGAACGGCUGCAGAAAAUGGGUGUUGUAGGAUGUGUAUCUUGCGUUGUAGGAUCGGUAGUGAUUGUAAUCCAUGCACCUCAAGAGCAUACACCUAGUUCUGUACAAGAAAUCUGGACUUUGGCAACCCAACCAGCAUUUCUAAUAUAUGUAGUAGCUACACUUUCAAUAGUGUUAGCUCUGAUUUUGUACUUUGAACCGCGCUGUGGGCAGACAAACAUAUUGGUCUACUUGGGAAUAUGUUCUUUGAUGGGUUCAAUAACGGUUGUAAGCAUAAAAGCCAUUGGAAUUGCAAUAAAGUUGACAUUGGGAGGGAUAAAUCAGAUAGCUUAUCCUCAGACUUGGUUUUUUCUUUCAGUUGCAGUGAUCUGUGUCAUCACACAGUUAAAUUACCUGAACAGGGCAUUGGAUACAUUCAAUGCAGCAAUUGUUUCUCCGGUGUAUUAUGUAAUGUUUACAACUCUGACCAUCAUUGCCAGUGCCAUAAUGUUCAAGGAUUGGUCGGGCCAAGAUGUGAGCAGCAUAGCCUCUGAGCUUUGUGGAUUUAUCACUGUUCUUUCAGGAACAAUCAUACUUCAUGCAACAAGAGAACAGGAACCAGCUCCGCCACUAGGAACUGUAACAUGGUAUGUUAGUGGGGAUUCCCUUAAAGGUAUUGAAGAACAUUUAAUCACUGUACAGAGUUCAGAUGAGCAAUGAGCCUUUUUUUUUACUUUUAACUGGGAUUUGAAAAGAUGGUCUCCCACCAAUGGAGCAAGAAAGCAACCAAGGGUGAGAUGUAUUUGCACAGUGAGGAGCUCUUCUUUCACCCGGAGAAUUCUUUCGUAUCAAUACUGAGCUGCUUCUAUGGAUAUCAUUUCUUGACACAUGUGAAAGGUGGCCCUCAAUGGAAAGAGUCAUUCUCACCUGAAAUGCUCAAACUUUUCUGAAACUUUGAACAUGCAUGGCGGCGUGGAAUCAAAACCAGUGCAAGGAAAGUUGUUGGGCCAGGUCCAUGAUCUUACUUUGCCCAUCAUGGAUGGCACUUGUACAUUUUGGUGCGUGUAUUUUCUUCAUGUGAAUUCCUUGUUGAUUUUCUUUGUAAGUGUGUGUAUUUAUGAUUGAUUUAUAGGUAGUAAAAUUUUGAAAUAUUGCCAUUUCUCCACAGAGCUCGACAUACCUUCUAAAGGAAAAAUUGACAGAUCAAGCUAUAAUAGAGUUCCAUAAUCUCUUCGCUGGUA